AGAGGCCAGAACCCCUCCAUUCCCCCACCACUCUUUUCCUACAACUAGCAAAACAAGCCAAGUUCAAUCCUCCCAUUUCUUCCAUUGCUGCUACCCAAUAAUCUCCCAGCCGUCUCUGAGAAGCGGUCGAAGUAGAGCUCCGGUAUCCAUCUUAGCUUUUUAUAUGUCAUCAUAACUGAGAAACUUGACGUGCCUCUGCUUCACCAGCCUUCUUCGCCAUGGCUUCUCAAUCUCUCAACGUAUAUAGUCCUUUAACAAGGCAGGUGAAGGGCGAUAUCGUUCCAGUCUUCUCUAAGGCUCUGGUAACCGGUGAUCGAAGGCAAAAACAUGGAAGGGUCAUUCUUUCACUUGGCAGGGUCAUCUGUUCGGCUGUACAAGAGUCUUCCGCUGCCGCCGUUACUGAUAAAAAGGAAGCAGAGCCAGCGGCAAAGGCACCAGCACCGGCAGUAAAGAAAGCUCCUGAGAAGCCCAAGAAACCCCUUCCAAAGCCUCUGCCACAGCUGAUGGAAGAAGAUUUGAUUCCUUCACUGAAAGCUACUCUUGAGGCUCAGGAGGAUGUAUCACAGAUUGAACUCUCCUUUCGUGACAACAGGUUGGAGGGUUCCUUUCUUCAGAAAGACAUUCCCUACAAUUUUUGGGCUUUCUUCCCAAAUGGAGAGCUAACAGGUCCUAAAGCGUUUUCUUUAUCCUCAUAUGGCUAUGAGGCCAGUACUGUUGAGCCCUUCUUGAUUGAUGAAAGGAGAGUCUCAGCCCAACUUGUGGUCUUUUGGAUUCGGAAGAGAUUGGCAGCUCAAGGAAUCCUCCCCGUCUGGGAAGAAUAGAUGUAUAGUGGGACUGAGUAUAGUAUUUGCCCACAUCACAUGGGAUCAUGACAACAUUUGCAUACCUUCCUCUGUAUUGGCAAUGCCAUAAAGCUCAUUUACUGUAACAACCUAGACUAAUGGAUUCACAGUCAUUUGGCUCAAUCAUCUAUUUUGGUGACUCCAUCACUUGCGACGAAAAAAUUAUUAAACUGUACAAUACAUUCUACAUUAGUGUAAAACUCAGUUCCAUUGUUUUU